CAACGGCCCGAAGUCAAUGCUUCCAAAUUGAUUUCGGAAGGAUUCGAGGUGACGACGGCUGACAACGAGUCGUUAGAAGUCUUAUGGGUGGUGUGGCUGGACCCGCGAACAACAGAAUGUUGCUCUCGAUGACGGCACGCGAACUAGCCGAAAACGAUGACCAGGCCACUAGUCUGGUAAUCGACCCAUGGUUAGGUUUCCAAACGCACAAAAUGAACCUCAGGUUCAGACCCCCCCGUGCAAAUGUUCGCAAUGCUCAACUCCGACGGAUCGUGGAGGGGUUUCGUGUGGAUUUCGAUUAUGAAGCUGCAUUCGAGAAAUUAUGUGCGGGAAAUUGGAUUCCGCCGGCAUGUCUCACGAAGUCGCGGAAGGACGCCUUCAAAGAACACGUUUACCGGUAUUUGCGGCUUUUCGCUAAAGAGAGCGGAUUCGAGAUCCUGCCCUGCGACCGGUAUUCGACCGAGGGUCACAUGGGCGCCCGGCUCUGCGCUACUCGGGAUUGGCGGAAGAACGAUACGAUACGGAACCUCGUCGGGUGCAUCGCCGAACUCUCGCCAAUCGAAGAGAGGCAAAUUCUGGUCGCCGGUCGGAACGACUUCAGCGUGAUGUAUUCUACGCGGAAAAAUUGUGCUCAGCUCUGGUUGGGACCGGCGGCGUUCAUAAACCACGACUGCCGAGCUAACUGUCGCUUCGUUUCGACGGGUCGAGGAAGCGCCUGCGUCAAAGCGCUCCGAGACAUCGGGAUUGGCGAAGAGAUCACGUGCUUCUACGGCGAAGACUUCUUCGGUGAUUCGAACUGUUUUUGCGAAUGCCAUACCUGCGAACGUCGGGGUAGCGGGGCGUUCCGCGUGGACGCAUCCGACGCACAAUCCGACGUUGGAGACUCCUCGUCGAGUCAGAGUGAAGUCGACGGAGCCCGAAAAUACUCGUUUCGCGAAACAGACAACCGACUCCGUCGGAUACUCAACGGCGGACCCGAGGCCGGCGUUGAUCCUACGACCUCGCCCAACGGAACGGCAACAACGACGGCGAUGACCCCGGCAGCGAUCUCUUCAUCGGCAGUCGCGACGACGACCACGCAGGUCGCAGCGGCCACCACAACAGCUGCGAACAGCCGCUGGUCCGAGCGACGGAACAGCCAGACUUCCAAUGGUUCUCAAGAAUCCAAACGACCUCGACGGUAUAAACGUCGUUCCACUGUCGAGGACAUGAUGCCGGAAGAUACGAUCUCUCCGAAGGAAUCGGACCAACGAGUGAAAGACGCAUUAAUGCUGAAGAACGAGCGUCUGAGAAUCCCUAACGACCCUGUCCCGGUCGAUAACAAACCCCCUACGAUCCAUAAAACACGCUCGUCGACGCGUCAUCAGCCACCAAAGAAUACUCCGAGGAAUAACGAGAACCGUCGUCGAGGGAAGCUCAACCUGAACGUGCCCGCCACAAACUCAUCGCUGAGCUCUUCAGCGCGAACCUCAGAAGACGACGAUCGAUCGGUGGACGGAAGUUUCUCGCGACGGCGGAGUACGCGAAGAAGCUGUGGAGGCGACUCGAGAAUCACCAAUCGAGACCGGGAUACUGCGGUUCAGGUAAACAAAGUCUCCAGUCAGAGCGAUGCGGUCGGCAACCGGGCCCAACGCGUAGACUUAGCGCAUCAUCGCCACCAUCAUCAUCACCAUAAUCAUCAUCGCCAUGAUGAGUACGAUGGGAGUCAGCUGUCGUCCGAACCCGCCUCCCCAGCCUCGGUGGCUGAGGUCCCCGUAACAGCCGCUAGGCACAGUCCACUGAAACUUACCAUUCGCAUGGAUGCGGAUAAGCUCUAUCAGGUGUUUCCGUCGCCCGCUAAAAAGCCGCGGGUGGACAACAAGCCUUUGGAGGGCAACUCCUGGUCGUCUCCUCUUACCAGAGCCAGACGUUCGUCGGAUAUUUUCCACUUGGGUCAAACCAAACGGAUCCGGUUGAUCGUAGGCAAGGACUCUAUCAAUAUCGACUUGGCGAAACGCACCAGAUCGGUCGAGACCACUGGCAAGCGGUAG